UUUAAUUCAACCAAUGAGAUUAUUCCUGUCUCCAGAGCAGAAAUGUUUGAGGAACUAAAAGCACAAUCAGCUUGAUUUUGAGAAGAAGGUCUGCACAUCAGAGAGGCUGUUUAGUUUCUCAUUCUACUGCAGUGGAAGAACAUUGCUCAUCUGCUGUCUGUUUGGAUUUAACAACUCCAAAGACAUGUUGCUUUACCUGUUUUUACUUUUCUCUCCCUUUAUAGCCCUGGGUUCCAUGAACAGCAUAAAGCCAGAAAGUACUGAAGAACAUGUUGCAGAGGGCAGAAACAUCAACCUGACCUGUACAUAUGAGGGUACUAUCUACAGUAUCCAUUGGUACCGACAAUACCAGAGAUCCAGACCAGAGUUCCUACUCUACAUCACAUUCAGUGUCAGUUUUGAAGAACUCACUCCAGUCCAGAAAGAAGAGAACAGUUUAGAAGACAGCUCUGUUACUCUGUCAUACAAAUAUUUGGAAAUGUCAUUGGGUGAUUAUUUCCUCUGGUACCGACAAUAUCCAGGAAAACCACCAGAGUUCAUCAUCUCCCACUCUGCUUCAGGACAAGAAGGAAACAACAAUAAUGUAAUACCUGGAUUGAAGAUUAAAGUGGAGGACAAACAAAUCCAUAUGACCAUCCCCUCAGCUAAGCUGUCUGACUCUGCUGUUUUAGAAUCACUUUACCUUAGUAGUGUAACUGAGAGAAGUGAAAAUCCAGAGCUACGAGGAGAUGGAGAGACUCAGGGAGGAACUGAGCUGUUACUGAACUAUAGAAGAGAGAGGAACUUCUAUAUUCAACAGAGAUCAAUACACAAACCAUCAACAUUACCUUUAUUCAACAUGCUGUCACUGCAGCAUUGUUUGUUUCCUCUGCUGUGUCUUUCCAUUCUAACAGGUGUCAGAUGUGAAGAACUCACUCCAGUCGAGAAAGAAGAGAACAGUUUUGAAGACAGUUCAUUUACUCUGUCCUAUAGAUACUCCAAACAAGCUGAUAACAAUGAUUAUUUCUUCUGGUAUCGACAAUAUCCAGGAAAACCACCAGAGUUCAUCAUAUUCAUCUCAGGGAUGAACAUUACAAAAAAAGCAGAAUCUCUGAUAUUGGACACAAGGUUCUCUGCGACACUGUCUGAAGAAAAGCAUCGUGUGGAUCUGCAGAUCUCCUCUGCUGCAGUGACAGACUCUGCUCUGUACUACUGUGCUGUGGAUGGAAACAACAGCCCCAAAUUCAUUCUCAGCCGCGUUCAACGGGAUGAAGGGAACACAGCAGACGAGUUCAGGGAGAGAUUUUCAUCUACACACAAUUCCAAGUUAAGAUCAGUUCCUCUGAAGAUCCAGAAGCUUCAGCUGUCUGAUUAUGCUGUGUACUCUGAGGCCCACAGUGACAGGUAA